AUGGGUAAUUUGUUUGAAAAAGUAAGUACAAGUACAUUUUUUUCAUAUUUAUAUUUGCAUAGGAAUCUGUACAAUUAUUUAGAGUUAAUGUGAAUCAUACUUAGUUUGGUAAAAAAAAAAAAAGAAAUAAAUAUGAUUUUAAUUACUCACAGUUACAGAAAUUUAAAAGUUAACAAAAUAAAAAAUUAUAUUUCCUAUACUUAGGUAUAUUCUUAUACCUUUAUACCUAAAUAGACAGAAUUGAAUCAUACAUGUGUGUUAUAGAUAGGUAUCCAUAAAUGUUUGCAUUAACUGAUUACCCAUAUUCUAAUAUGACCAUGUGUUGUAAUGCUUGAAUUGGAAAACAAAUGAGGAGAGAUGCUGGUUUUAGAUUAAAAAUUAUUAUUCCAUACAUGAUAUAAAUAAAGUAAUUGAUUUUGCAAUAAACAUAAAAAUAUAUAAGAUUAAAAUAAAUAUCUUAGGUACUUAUUAUAUUCUGUGGUACUAUUAUCAACAAUAUUAACACCAAAAAUACCUAUUAAAUCUUUUUUGUUAAACAGAAAAAAAAAUCAAGUAUUGAUAGGAAAAAAAAAAUCUAGGUUAAUAUCUAGUUUUUAGGUCAAUGAAAAUUGACAAUCUAAUGACAAAUUCCUUAUAUGUGAAGACAUAUGAACAUAAGUCAUAUGGAAUAUUAAUCGAUAUUUAGACUAGGUUUUAAAAGCCAGUAAUAAUAACUAAAUUUUAAUUUUGAAUAAAAAUAAUAGACAGCUGCUCUUUGCGAAUAAAGGCAGACACCUCCAGAAAGCAAAAACGUUCAUAGUGAUCCUAAUUAAAUGAAGUAAUAUAUUAAAAAUCUAUGCAAAAAUGAAAGGGCCCCCAUUCACUUGUUAUCACUCCAAUUCAAGCACUGAUGUGUCAGUACAAAUUUAUUAAUAAAUUUAGUUUUAUUAUUCUAAUUUAUGUUUAAUAUUAAAUCAUUUCCUAUUUAUUUAUCUUAAUAUUAAUGUUAAGUCAUAUAUUAAAUUGUUUGUUUGGAAUUAAUAGGGUUUUUUUUUUACGUUUUUUAGCCUAACUAUGAACUCAAUCAAAAGCUGUCACUACAAGAUAUUAAGUUUGAAAAUAAAGAAGUAAAUAUUUUAAAAAAUGUCCUAGUUAACAGGAUACUCCUAAUUAAUAUUAAAAUAAUGUUAACAUUUUGAAAAAUAAUAAUAAUAACUUUAUCUUGUAUUAUUUUAUUAAUGUUCAUUGCUUAUCAUAAAAUAUAAUUACAGGCAAGAGUGGAUCGUGUAUUUGUACAUGGACAUAAAAACACAAACAAUUCUAUUAUUCAAUCAUCAGUUAACUUAAUGUUCAAAUCCAAUUCUUUUAAUAAUGUAAGUUUCUUUAAGUAUUCAGGUAUUUAUGAAAUACUUCAUUAAUGUGAUAAAUUAUGCUUAAAGACCAUUCAAUACAUUCCUCAAAUUGUAUUUAUUUUUUUCAAAAUCUUAGAUUAUAAAAAAUGCAGCAAUUGUGCAUAAAAACCUAAUGAGUAUGAAUUGUUUUGAAAGUGUAAAUAUUAAUAUUGAUGUAAAUAAUGGAUCAAAUUCAACUCCAAAUGGAUAUAAGGUAUUUUAAUAUAAAAUCAAAUGUAUCCAAUUUAAUUACAAUGUAUUUAUGAUUUAUAUAAUUAUAGGUUACUUUUAAUAUCCAAGAAUUAAAAUUUGCAGAUGGUAUACUACAUUCAAUAGCUCGAGAUAAUGAAGGGUUGGUAAAUUUGGGUUUCAAGAUAAACAACAUUACUGGCCAUGCAAAUCAUUUUAAAAUAGAAACAUCCCUUGGUAAUUAUGGCACUCAAAAAUAUGAUGCAUGUAUUUCAAAACAUAUCCCUGGAAGUAUAUCUACGUGGUAUGAUUUCAGUUUAAAUUGGAUUUGACAGUCAAAUUAUGAUUACCUAUUUAAUUAUUAAACAUAUUUUAGCACUUCUAUACAUACCUUUAAAAAGAAAUCUUUUUGGAAUAAUGUACAUGGUGUUUACAAAGAAUGGGGUAUUCUAUUUGAUUUAAUGUUUCUCACAUUUCAUAAAGUAAGUCCACCAAAUAUUAUUAUUUGUAUUAUAAUUAGUAAAAUUGUAUUUAUUAUAAGUAAGAUUAUUUAUAUUACUAAUAAAUAUGUAACUUUCUCAUUAUUUAAAAAUCUUACAAGUUUAUAAAAUUAGAAAUGUUUUAAUAUUUCAUACAAACAAUUUUUUCUUAUUAUUAAUUUUGUUAUUUCUACUUGUUAAAAAGAUUAUUUAAGACAUGAUAUUAAUUGAACUUAAACUGAAAUUACAAUGUUUUCAAAAUAAUAUGGUCUUUUUCAUUCUUGCUUUAGUUGAAUACUUUUUAAGUGGGUAUUUUUUUUUCUAUUUAAAUGUUUUAUUGACACUCCAAAGAGCAAACAUACAUUCUUAAAAUUGUAUAGUAUGAAAAGUAUUAAAUUAUUACAUUAAUAAUGUGAAAUUAAAAUGUGUAUAGUUUUAGUCGUUAUUUAGUUAUACUUAUUAUACAAUAAGGGUAAAUUUUAUACUUGAUUAAUAUAUUAAGAAAUUAUAGAAUUAUUAAUUUAAAGCCUAAAAGUAUAAUAAAAUAAUUAAGGUAACUACUAGUUUGAGCCUUAGGUGACUUGAAGAUAGCCCAUGCUGAAACUAGUUAAAUUAUUUUAUUAUACUUUUGUCUUUGAAUUAAUAAUUUUAAAAUUUCUUAAUGCACUUCAUAUUACUUAUUAGUCUUAAUUUAAAGAGGAUUCUAUUUUAUUUAUAAAUACUAUUAAAUAUAUAAAUAAAUAAAUGAAUGCAUCACUUGAAGUAUUAUGAUAUGUGUAUUGUAUGGUUUCGAAUUAAAAAUCCAUCAGUAUGUAAAAUCACAAAAUCAGAAAGUAAACAGCACAAAUAUGAAAGAAUACAUAGAGAAAAAAUUAUACAAAUUGGUAAGUUUACAUAGAAAUAAUUUAUUUUAAUAGGACUGAUUAUUUAAAAUUAGUUAUUAUUAGACAUAGAUAUGUUAAUAAAUAUAAAUUAUUUUGUUAUUAUUUAUUAUCUGAAAUUUAUUUAUGUAAUAAGAUAUUAUUUUUAAAAUCUUAUUAAAAUUGUUUUCUUUAUUUCAUUGUAUAUAUGUAAUUCUUUUAAAACUGAAUUAAUGUAAAUGUUAUUUUGGGUUUUUAAUAUUUUUAAGUCUGUGUUAAUAUCAAAGCUUAUAUUAUGAUUUUUUUCUAAAAUAUGUUUAGCGAAAUUUGAAUUAAGUGCAGACUUUUUAAAUUUUAUUUCAGGAAUGUGUUCUUUAUAUUUUAUUUUAAAAUUUCUAUUUGCCUCACCUAUAUAAAAUUUAUUAAAUUAACAUUUAAUUUUAUAUAUACCAGCAUUUUCAAAAGAAGUAGGAUUUUUUGUGAAAUUUGUAGUUCUUUGUUUACAUGUUUGAUUAAAUAAUUAUUAGUCUUAAAAGUGAUUUUUACAUUAUAUUUUGUGUUAUUGUUCAGAAUUUUAGUGAAUUUGUUAGACAUAUUAUUUUGAUAUUUCAUACUACAAUAGUUAAUAAGAUUAUUUGGCGAUCAGUGUAUCAUUUUUUCUUUAAUAUGUUUAUGCAUUUUUUUCAGUAGUAUUUAAAUUUAAAUUAUUUCUGUGGGCUGUAUUAUAGAUAAUAUUGAGCACGUGUUUUGGUAUUAUAUUAGAUCAUAUAUCAUAGAAUAUGAUCUAAGGGUAUUAUAGCAUCAGUUUAUGUAGGUGCCAUAUGAUUAUAAUCACCCUUAUUUUAAAAUAAUAUUAUUUUUUAAUUCAAUAUUCUAUAGGCUUGUAUUUCAUUAAAUAAACAUAAUUACCAACACAAAUUUUUGAUUUGAAACUGUAAAUUACACAUAUAAUACUCCAGGUGAUGCAUUUAUUAAUUUACGAGUAUUAACCCAUUUAAUUAUUUUGUUUUUACUUUAUUAUUUUAUUAAAUACUAUUAAUUCUAUUUUUAGAGUCAAUUCAGUCAAAAUUUACAAUAUGAAGGUGUAAUACGUGAUGUUAAUAUGUUAUCUAAAAAUAGUCCAUUUCAAUUGCGAGAAGAAUCUGGGUUAUCCAUUAAAUCUUCUAUCAAACAUAUAACAACAAUUGAUACUAGAGAUAACAAAAUUUUAGCCAAUGAAGGAAUUUUUUUCCAAAUGGUUAUGGAAAUUGCUGGUUUUGGUGGUGAUGUUCGAUUUUUGAGAAAUCAUUUUAUCAGUCAAUUUUAUACAAAAAUUAGUAAAGAUGUUGUAUGUAUUGUUUAUAUGAUCUCAUAUUAUUUAUUUCAUGUUAUUUUUGUCAUUUAUGUAGGUUUUUCAAGGUUCAUUUGGUGCAGGAAUUCUAACCGAUUUAGGAAGGUUCAAAAAAAUAAAUGUAAUGGAUAGAUUUUAUCUUGGUGGUCCAUUGACAUUACGGGGUUUCCAAUCUAGGGGAAUUGGUGACUUAAAUAAAAAUAUGAUAGCUAGUGUAACGGUAAUUUAUAAUAGUUAUUUAAACUAAUUCAACUAAUCAUAAUUAAUAAAUUUAUGUCUGCAUUAAAUUUAUUUUUAUAUUCACAUUCAAGAGCUAUUGGAUUUCUGCCCUUCAUAUUUAUGUAAAACCAUGUUUUGGAAAUAACCGAAUAAAUGAGACAUUCAGGUUACAAUUAUUCUGCAAUGCAGGGAAUAUAUCUUUUUUUGGUAAUGUAUUAUAUUUGUAUAUAAUAUUAGUUCAUAAAUAUUUAAUACAAUUUUAUAAUAUAUAUUUAUUUAGACAAAGAUACAAAAACUUGUUUUGGAUUGAUGUUUAAAGACUUCAGAUUAUCUACUGGUGUUGGAUUAGUAGCUAGGGUAGGCAAUUCAAUAAGGUUUGAAUUUAACCUAUGCACACCAUUUCAAUAUAAAAUUGGUGAUAAAAUUGUCCAUGGUUUUCAAUUCGGAGUUGGUGCAAAUUUUAUUUAA